CGUAUGCAUAUACUGGAUAUAACUAGUUAUUAAAGUUAAAUGCGUACAAUAAAGUACAAACAAGUGUGUCCUGCCAUUAGAAUGGAUAUAAGGUAUCGUGUAAAAAUGAAGUUGUGCAUUGGUGUAAUUAUUCAAUUCAUCCUGCAUUACGUCGUAAUGAAUUAUUUCUUACUGACACCCACAAAUGCUUUGGAACAACCACAACUGAUCCUUAAAGCAAACAAGAAUUCAAUUUUAAAUUCACAAUUUGCGUCAUACCUGGAACGAGUUAAAGUCUUGAAGCCAAAUAAUCUUUGCUCAUUCAAAAACUUAACAGAGUGUCAUUACAGUGAGGAAUUAUAUAACCUUUAUUAUGAUACCUGUUUCACAGAACAAGUUUGCCCAAAAGAAAACUACUAUUGUAUAAACGGUGAUGGAUACACAAUUCAUAUAUGUGGGCAAUUUAGUGACUGUACGAAAAGGAAGAGGAACAUUGUUUUGUACAAUGUAUCAAAUCCUGAUUUUGUUGACGCAUUCUCCAUUCCAUGUCCUGACGGGUAUUUUCAAUUCAGCUCAGGAAACUGCUUCUACGCAUGCGUGAAAGAUGACUCUAUCGUUGUAAUUAAAAAAUCAACGAUAGAUACUCAUGCUCAGGGCUACUGCAAUUUCGAAAGAAAUUUCUGCAAUCCGGAUGGCUUCACGUCUUUCCCUCUGGAUUCGCAGCAUGAUAAUUGUGUUGAUGUAAGCUAUAAUGAUCACGGAUUAAAAUGUGAUGACAACAAAGACUUGAUGCCUAAUUGCUCCUGUGUUCCAUCAUGUAUGCCUGGACAAGUCAGGACCUACGAUAGUCAUUUCGUAUGCCAAUGGCGUAACGGCAGCGGGUUGAGUUACGCUACCCUGACACCUUUUGUGAAAGUAUCGGUGCCUGACGGAGUUACGACAACUCAUGGUUACCAUACAAGUCAAACUGCCGAAACGAACGAUAGGACGAAAGACGGCAAUCAAGAUAAUGACCAGUCCUUGUCCACACUGGCGUUGGUAGCGAUUGCGAUAGUGCUGGCGGUUGUGAUGGCUAUAGUUGUGAUUUCCCUAGUUUGUAUGGCUUACAAGCUGCUCCGUGAAAAAGAUAACCGUGGAGGCCCUGUCUUGUAUAGCAGAGCAGAAGACAAAUCUGAUGAAGAUUCAGUACAUCUUGGCAACGGUAUUACACCAGGUCCAGUUAUAAAUAAAAAGAGUAAAAAGGUGAUAAACAAUACGACUAAUAUUCAAGCAAACGGCGAUGUUUACGUUCAUCCAGGGAACGGUCAUGCAAUGCCAAAUAUCAAUUCUCAAGACAUAGAUUGUGAAUUUGGUUCUAGUCGUUGUGGCGUUGCAUCUGUUGACGAACCGGAAAUGGAAAAUCUCAAACUUACCUGUGAGUAUGGCGAGGAAGCAGAUAGUGCUAAUUUAUCUUCGGAGACCACUUAUGUGAAGAGAACAUACUAACUCGGCUACCUUACCAUAAAACAGGUUAUAUAAAGAAAAGAUGCCUGCAAACAAAUGAUUUGUACCAGCCAAAAAUCGGGCAAAAAGUAGCAAGUAAACUAAAAGUGAACAGCGCAUGAAAAGUUAUAGAAACAAAUACGGUUAAGAUUGUGCCAAAGACCACCUGCGACCAGAGAUCAUCGGCUCUAAAUAUCUCCAUAGCAUGGUCUUUAUAUACAUGUUUGACUGUAUGCUGCAAUUAUUAAUGAAGACUAUGUAAUUGGUGGGUGAAAUAGAAUGUUCCCUAAAAUGGUGAAUGAAAUGAAAAUUAAUAACCAUACAGAAAAUGGUUUGAUUUAAUGCUACGCAGUUUUAGAUAAAAAAAACUAAUAAUUUUUAAAUAUUUGUUAAGCUGAUGAAGGGUUGUUGACAUGCACUUGUUUCAGUCCUAUUUUCAAAGGUGUAUUUCGACCAUAGAAUAGUAUUAUUAUUAUUUAAACUAGUCGGUUAUCAUGUGUGUAAAGUAAGUGGUGCUUGAAGAUACAUUAUAUACAAUUUAAUCAAACUAUAUCCUUCAGUAUGUGAAUAACUAGCCAACAAAGCUUUACAUUUAUAUAGAUUAUUUCAAUUUUAUCUAUGGGGGCAUCACUUGACUCAGAAUGAAAGUUUGAAGUAAAUACGAUAUGAAAGGUUUCACUCAUACACAAGUGUGAACCUUUAUGUGAUACACGUAUAUAUGUAUAAAAUUAUAAAAAACUGCAUUGUAUGUUCUAUUUAUACAUGUCUCUUGUCAGAAGAUUUAAGAGUACUCAUUUCUCGAAUAUUCAUUUGAGUAUUACGUCCCCUGACUCUACUAGUGCACUAACUAUCAUUUUUGAAAAGUUUGAAAUUAUUUUACCGCUGAAUUAGUCUCAGACAAAGUUAUUCUACUUGUGACCUUGAACUUGGUGUUGCAAGUAUACAGAUACUACUAAAUUGCAUAUAUGUACAAAAGUAACUAUCCGCAAAAAACAAAUUAUAUGUGACUUAUAGUGUUCAAGCAUAUAGCAUUAUGAUAUUACAAGGUUGUAUAUAAAUUAUCUCUGCAUUUAUAUGAAAGUAGCAUUAUUGGUGUGACUGGAUUUUAGUAGAUGAUGUAAUAAGUAGUUGUUCGAUUUGAUUAAUGCUGCUUUAAACUGAUUUUAAAGCUUUAAAAAGGCGAUUUACAGACAAUUCUAUGAACUUUAAGUGAACAUGAUACUUUAGAAUGCUUUGUCAAUGCUAAGUUCUAAAAUAAUAAGUCGGCUUGUUUAGUUGAAGCGCAGUUAGUUUUAUCACCGUCAUUACGACUCAUUGUGUCAAAGCUUGUCUUGAUUUUGCAUUUGUAGAAUGUAAUAUAUUUGUACUAUGUUUUUCAUAGUGUGCGAUAUGUAUAUUCUAAAAAAGGUAAUUAUAUGUCACAUGUAUCACCUUGUUUGUACUAAUUACAGUCAACCAAUGAUAUACCUUUUCUUGUUUCUUGUUGAUUCACCCUUUCAUACUGCUUACUACCUGCUGCAAAUAUUGCUUCCGGUACAAUCGAAAAGAUUCAUUUCCGUGGCAAUACUAUUUUUAUUGCUGAAGGAAUGUUGGCCAUUACGGCCACAGUUUAGAUUUUCCUUUGACUGU